CUUAACCUUUGUUUGACCUUUGCUGACAUUAUACUGAAACUGUCAGAUAUCAAACUCUAAUAUAUAAUGUGUUCAAAACAGGACUUUUACGCUUAAAGAUUUCAAAUUCGACCUCGAACCCAUGAACUUGCUGGAGGAAAUUUGUACAGGGGAAGAAUGGGCAAAAUUCCUGCCUGUUAAAGAUUCCCCACUUGAAACAGAUGCCAAAGACUACUCACAGACAGAGGAUUCUCAUGAUUCAGACGAUGAUAUCGGAUCUCAGAAUGCAGUCAUGAAGUCGGAAGCAGGAGACAGAGAGCAGUCAGAGAUCACUCCAAGUCCAGCCAGUAUUACUGACAGUCAGGUGGACAGGGCAAUCCAGGUCAGAGAUGAAACAUCAGAUUCACCCAUUUCUGCUCUUCACAAAACACCAAUAAGACAUGUUACAGAACCACAAAGGAUAUCUGACCAGCCAAAAUAUGAACCAUUUAAAGGUGAUGAAAAUGACCUUGUGGUAACAUAUGUCUAUGAUAAAAACAGCCUGAUGAAGGACAGGCCACUUGAUUUGUCUGUUGUCAAGUCUUCAGGAGUACUUGAUAAUUCUGCUCUGAAGAGUCGAAUCCAAUUGAGCAAAAAAAGAAAACAUCGACCACCAGGAAAGAGAAAAAAAGAGUCUUUUCAAUCCCCUCCUUCUUUAAAUGCUUCUUUCUUUGGCUCCUCCAAAUUUUAUACUUUACCAUGUUCAGAAUCCAGUGACUCCCUGACAAAUGAAUAUUCCCAAAUAGCUGUACAUGGUAAUGAGAAGGUACUUCUCCAAAGGAUAUCAGAAACGGCAGAAUCUAACUGCAAUGAAAAUGACAGUGCAGAAGGGUUUGUGCUUUAUAAAAAUAAUCAGCUAUCAAACAAGGCAAAGUUGAUGGAUGCACCCCUUGAUUUUUCUGCUGUCAAGUCUUUAGGUGUGCUAGAUAACAGUGCACUGAAGGAUCGAAUCCAGUUGAACAAAAAAAGAAAACAUCGACCACCAGGAAAAAGAAAAAAUGAAAAUAUCAAAAUUAAGUUCCCCAUUCUGAACUUUAUUCGCCAACGCAAUACUACUACAGAGUCCUUUCAGCCUUGCCCUUCUUCAUAUCCUUCUGUCUUCACCUCCUCGGCACUUCAUAAGGAUUCCAGCGAUUCCCAAACACCUAUUCCUGGUAAUGAGAAGCCAAAGACAAAGGACAAACUCUUGAAACCCAAGCUAUGGAAGAUAAAGAUAAGGUAAUUCAGAGAAUGUAACAAGAACCAGACUCAAGCAGGUCCCCGCAUACAUGUGACCUGGAAAGGAACUGAAACCUACAGCAAUAUAAACUGUGGAUAUAUCUAUAUAUUUAUAUAUAUAUAUAUAAAUUUACAUUAGGCCACAUAAAUUCGUCUUGGCAAAUUGGAUAUCAAUCCGCUCUUUCACUCCCGCUCAGAAUGCAAAUAUAUUUUACCUCAUUUUCGGGGUAAUUGAAAUGGAACACGCUUUGGUGUGUGCGGUUUUCAGAAUGCAAUCAAAAAGAAGUCGAAAAAACAUGUUACGACGGUUAUGCUAAAAAAAACAGCAUUUACUCUUUGCUGCAUUUUCCCUGGUGGCAGCAGUGCAUUUUAAGUCCCAACGAGACACCUGUGUGAAAGAUCAUUUAUAUAAAUUAUCACACACUUGGCUGAUUUGGCUAUGUAAGUCAUUCAUUCAUUCAUUCAUUCAUUCAUUCAUUUUCUACCGCUUAUCCGAACUUCUCGGGUCACGGGGAGCCUGUGCCUAUCUCAGGCGCCAUCGGGCAUCA